AUGUCAGCCGCUGCACCUCUUACAAACGAAUUAUCCUCGGCCUUGGAAGCCAAGUUCAAGGAGCUCUGCGAUACAGAGGUAUUCUGUACUCAAUCCUGGGGGUUAACUGAAACCUCUCCAAUGGCAACUGCUAUCCCUAAUGAUCACAUGGAUAAGAGGGAGUCGGACGUAGCAAUCAAGUCGGGUGGAUUGACAGAACCUGCCGAAAUUUGGUGUCGGGGACCUAGUGUGACCCAGGGCUACUACAAAAAUGAAGAGGCCACCAAGGAUGCAGUUUACAUCGACUCGGAUGGAACAAAGGAGUUCCGUACCGGCGAUAUUGGAGUCAUACCUAGUUUAUAG